AUGGACUUUGACGAUUUUGACAAUAGCAGUUCUUCUCACGGUGACAAGCGUCAUCAGCUUCCUAGACGCAGUGCUCUCUCCACACGUGAUAACGAAGAAUUUGACGAGAACCUAUGGGAUCUCGGCGAGCGUGACGCUGCCUCGAACAUUGAGUCGGGCAAAAAGCUUGCAGCCACAGAUGGGGAUGGAUCUCUGUUUAGCGCAGUGAGGCAUCGGAGAACAAACCCUUCAAUCUCGGAGUACUCAGAGAUGAAGCAAAGGAUUUUGGCACUCGAAAGACAACUAGCAUCGUCAUCGAACAAUGAAGAAGACGGCAUGGCUGACAAAGUCAGAGGAGCGGACGCCCAAAAUGAAUUCGAGGCGAUCCUCGAGAACGGCUCCGAAGCUAGUGCCGAGCAGCAAAAGAUCAUUCCGCAAUUAUGUGAGAGAACAUGGUCUGACUUCAUGAAUAAGCAUACGGGUGAAAAGAUCGAAUACGCUCUUGAAAUCCUGGCAGAUGAUCCCGAAUACUACUAUCAGAAAAGUCCUACUGCAAAACCUGAUAAAAGGUAUGGAGAGUCUCGUGGCGCCGUUGCGGUAGCUGACAGCAAAAUCGAUCCCAAAACCUCCAAGCUGGCUGAUGGAGAGCGUCCCGUUCCUAAUCGCAUUCGAAUAAAUUCGACGCUGAUCUUGAAGACCUUGAAGAAUCUCGAUGAGCAUAUUGACGCUACUGGGCCCAUGGUGAUGAUGCGGCCGUUCAAGUUCCUGGUUCACUACGAGCUUCAGAUCAAAGACUCGAUCGGGGUGAUGGAGCAACAGUUGGAUGUUCCUGAAACAAAUACUACUUCGAAUGGUUCUAGAAAUGGAACUUUCUCUGCACCGUUGUCUAUGACUCGGGAAGUAUUAGGACUGUCCAAGGAGAAAGAAACCCAAGAGGAGACUCUACAGCAUAUGCGAUGUCUCGCAGACUUCAUGGACCGAUAUGUCAAACCGACAGUGUCCCGCGCAGAGGGCACCUCAUAUGGCAAGAUUCAGUUCAAGGAUCUUUGGUACAUCUUCAAGCCAGGUGUCGACAUUCAUAUACCCUUGAGAGCUCAAGACACUUCUGUCACCGUUGAUGCAAUGGGGAUUACGCCGGAGACUUUUCAAAGCCGGUACAAUCGGUUAUGGAGAGUGACUGGCACCAGUGGAGGACGGCGAAAUCUUUCGGCAGCUCAAACUCGCAAUGCCAGCCUCAAGUCAAACGCCUUCAAGGUGGAUUGCUACUACAUCGACUUUCAUGGCAGAUACUUUUGCCCAACAGUUCACACCUUUGAGAUAGCGCCUUUCAAGGGUGAUCGCGACAUAGCUUCUCUUGACUUCUAUCCUGCACGAUAUAUGGAAAUUUCCCAGCAACAGCAGACGCUCGAAGAGCAUGUGGAAAAGGGGAAGGUGAUAUUCGACGCAAUGGCACAUUCUUUCACGCACUUCUUCUACUCUGGACCCACGUUGAUGGUGCAUCCUUGCGGCUGCCCAAUACGCGAUGGUCCCACUAUUCAGGAGCAUAUUGAGAGCGAAGUCAUUGUCGACUUCAAAAUGGCUCUGCGCAAGCAUCCCUCAUGGCAGCCACAGCCUGAACUUUGGAAGGAUCCUGUAAUAGAGCGACGCGAAUUGCAGGAAACGUUUCCGGUACAGUACUGGACUGACCACGGAAAAACAAAGCUCGAAAGCACCGAAUAUGAUCAGGUAUACAAUGACUACUUCAUCGACAGAGAGAGAUCAACCAUCUUCAAAAACAAUGAGCAGAUCUUCGCACCAGUCCCUAUUGGUUGGUCCAGUAACGAGAGCAUGAUACCGGAGAAGGACAUCUUGUUACUUCCCAGCUGCGUUUUUGCAUAUGUGCUCAGAACUCGGACCUUCGCUCCACUAUGGCUCGCGGCUUUACAGCCGAUCAAAGCCAAAAGCGAAGGCCUCAAUAAUCUGCAACUGAAAGAUAACACAUUCAAAGAUACCUUACGAGCUUUGGUGAACACUCACUUCAUGCAGAAGCUAACUCAGCAUUCGCCGAAUUUUGAGUACGACAUCGUUCGAGGGAAAGGGAGAGGACUUGUGAUCUUACUUCACGGAGCACCCGGAGUCGGGAAGACGUUCACGGCUGAAAGCGUAGCAGCAGCCAUCGGGCAGCCGCUACUCCAGAUAACUUGUGGUGAUCUCGGCCUGAAGCCGAAAGAAGUUGAUACGGCUCUGAAGGAGAUAUUCCACUAUGCACAACACUGGAAGUGCGUUCUUCUCCUCGACGAAUGUGACAUAUUUCUCACGCAACGGAACAAAACCGACGUCAAGCGGAACGCCCUCGUAUCUGUCUUUCUGAGAGUCUUGGAAUUCUACACCGGCGUCUUGUUCCUCACGACGAAUCGGGUAGGGGCACUGGACGAAGCAAUCAAAUCCCGAAUCACAUGGAUCUCAUAUUACCCACCCUUGAAUUGGGAUCAAACCAAGGAGAUCUGGAAGACGAACAUCAAAAGGGUGGAGAAGAGUAACACGAAUCUUGACGUGGACAAGAAUGGCAUAAUGAAAUAUGCCAGACAGCAUUUCAAGACUUGCCUGGCGGAGAACGCUGUCUGGAAUGGAAGGCGGAUCCAAAAUGCUUUCAAAGUGGCUAUAGCUCUUGCUCAUUGGGAGGCGUACAGCAGAGAGGGACACAUCCAGACGGAAUACCUAGCUGCAGCAGACGAUGAUGAUCGCCGUCGCUCGAACUUAUCGGCAACACAUUUCAAAUCCUAUGCGGCGGGAACUCGAGCUUUCGAUGCCUACUUCCAGGAGACCACCGGUGUUAAUGACGCUGAACGUGCUUUUGACGCUAUGGAGAGAGCCGACGAUUAUGCGCCAGAGGUUGAUACUCCUAUCGUAUCGCCAAGGUACGAAGGGAAUCAAUUUCCUCCAUUCUCCUCACCACACGACGACCUCAGAAGGACCUCAUCGGCGAGUCUGGCUCCGCCAUCUGCUCAGGGCCGGGGCUCUAGCCCAAAUCUACGGCCCCAACUACCUCCCCGCCUGUCGACUAGCCAGUUGCCACAACAUCAGCGCUCGCCAGCAUUGUCUCGACAGAGUGCUGCUGUUGCCCCUGCCCAGACGCCCAAGCAUCGGCGUAGGUCUAGCCAGUUGAAUACUCUCACUCCGGUGAGCUCGCCAGUGAUGAGGAGGAGGCCGAGUAACGAGCCGAGAGGGGCUCUCGAUCACGAUUUUGCAAGACAAGCUCAAGUUGAGCAUGAUGACAGCGAAACUGAAAGUGAAGAGAUGGAUUAUCUUGAUGGGAACGAAUCGGUUGAUGAGAAUUCUAGUUCGGACGAUUAA